UUUACACAGAGUUUUGGUCAAACAGGUUUGACAAGACUGUACAUCACCCGCCCUCCAGACUGACAAAGGCAAAAAGUGUGUGAUGCUGCCUAUUUAUGACGCCGCCUACAGUCCUAGUGCGCACAUCGUCUGUGGUUUCAGACACCCGAGUCCAUAGCGCUAAGAUUCUUUAUCAAAAACCUGUUGAGGUAAUCCUUGCAUGACACUUAAAACUUUAAUUUUUGGAGGUUUCUAGUAACUGUUUGACAUUUUGUCAGUCUUUAAGGCCAAUCCGAUGUAUCGGACAUGGCUACAGUUCCUCGCGCUUCUGGGUGGAUUUGCAGUGCCAGGUGUGCUGCGAGUCGGUGGGAUGGAGGUUUUUAUGUCCAAUGAGGUGGAGGCAGUGAACGGGACAGAAGUGAGACUGAAAUGUACCUUUAAGUCCAAACACCCCGUGUCCCACUCCUCUGUGACUGUCUCCUGGAACUUCCGUCCCUUGGGCCAGGGAGACGAGGAGUCGGUGUUUUACUACCAGGAGACAGCAUACCCCCCUACAGAGGGGCGGUUUAAGGGCCAUGCGGUGUGGUCGGGGGACAUCCUGAGACAGGACGCCUCCAUCAGCCUCCAGAACGUUCCCUUCACCUUCAACGGUACCUACACCUGCCAGGUCCGCAACCUGCCCGACGUCCACGGCAUCAACGGAGAGGUCACCCUCAGGGUCGUCCACAAAGUCUCCGUCUCUGAGAUAGGCAUGCUGGCUGUAGCCAUCGGGGCAGCCAUCGCCAUAGUCCUGGUGGUGCUGGGCAUCUUUGUGGUGUGCAAGUACCGCAAACUCAACCGCCACGACAACACAGACCUGGAGCUACAGGGGAGGGAACUGCAGGAGAGAGAGUUAAAUGCCAGGAUCCUAGAGGAGAGAGAGUUAAAUGCCAGGAUCCUAGAGGAGAGAGAAUUAAAUGCCAGGAUCCUAGAGGAGAGAGAGUUAAAUGCCAGGGUCCUAGAGGAGAGCGAGCUAAAUGCCAGGGUCCUAGAGGAGAGCGAGCUAAAUGCCAGGGUCCUAGAGGAGAGCGAGCUAAAUGCCAGGGAGAAGAAGGAGUGGAAGGACCCUACAGUGUGUUGAGGGGUCUAGGGGGGUCCAGGGGUCAGGGUCCAAGCCUGUUUUCCAUGAAGAAGCCUGUUUUCCACGAGGAAGCCUGUUUUCCAUGGGUUCUGUCAUUUUUGUGAACUGAUGUUGCCACCAUGUGUCCAUUAUAAGAAGCAGCUCCAUCUUUCUCCCUCUGUGUCCACACUGAGGAUCAUGGGUGUUGUGGUCUCAAAGGUUUCUCCCUCUCUCUUAUUUUGCCUCUCCUGUUGUAUUACAAAGCUGCCCAUGAGCCAAAUGAACAUGUGAAUCUAUCCAAGACACUGCCAACACCCCAGUCUGCCGCUCACUCCUACAGUGUACACGAGUAUGACUUUCCGUUUAGGAGAAACAUGAAGAUGUCACUGACCCAAUCAUGAGGACAUCGCCAGUCCAUUCUAGCAGGAGACUCUACAUAACCCUCCCAUGGGACUGGAAACAGUAUUCUCCUGAUAAAGAAUUCCAUGAAUGAUUCUAUUGAUUUAUUUCAUGCAUGCGUUUGUAAAGUUCAAAACUGUAUAUUUUAUCAUACGUUUUAUAAGGCUGAGAGAUGUAUUUUAUUGUGUGUUUUUCAAUAAAGGAAUGCUUGUUUUGAUGGUUUUAACUCUAAA